AUGUCAUCAGAGGUAUCAGCUAUUGUUGUAUCUGAUUCGUCGCCUGUUCAUGAAGUUCAUAGUCAGUUAAAAUUAUUAGAACAGAUUGAAGAGAUACCAAAGCUCGUGAGUACAAAAAAUGGGCAGGGAUUAAUUCAAGAAAUUUCUCAUAACUUUUAUGAAUCCGCUACUCCUUCAUCUAUUCAGGAGAAUGAUUUCAUAUACGCAUUGUCUCUUAACUCUUCAGAAAUUUCAUUUAUCUCAG